AUGGCUCAGCGCGAAAUAUUGCAGUCGAUACGGGAGGACGAUUUCGUGGAGUACUUCCUGUUUCCUGCUGGAACCACCGAUCCUACUGAUGUGGAGCUGGAAAACUGCGAAGGCUCCCUCGAGCAGCUCCUGCAGGACGUGAACAGGAUUGCGGAAGAAUUUUGUGGACCAUACAUCUGGCAUCGGGACGGCUUUCGGAUGGUUCCGAGACCGAAAGAUAACUCCCGGUUGCUCAUCGAGGCGGCCACCGGUGAGAAUGGUCCGGACGCCACCAAACUACCAUCUCAUCUUUACGGGAUUUCCCACGUCGGUGACAACAUCCAAGAUGAAUGGUUCAUCGUGGCGCUGCUGUACCGCCUCACGGAACGAAUCCCCGGAUUGGUGGCCCGCGUAGUGGAUGCGGAUGGAGAAUUUUUGCUGAUCGAAGCCGCGGAACAGCUGCCGCGUUGGGCCACACCGGAAACGUGCGAAGGCAAUGUCUUCAUCGUGGACGGUGGGCUUCGGAUGCUCGAACCACAAACUGCCACCGGGACCGAUUGUUCACCGACGGAUAUGGAAGCGGCAAUAGCUGCGGUUCGUGGACCGGAGGGAAGAAAAUUUUGCGUCACCGAAGAAGUAGCACGUUGUGUGCGCGACCGGAUCGAGGAUUUCCCUAGCAAAAUCUCGGAACACCACCACCGAGCGACGGUUUACGUGCCCGUCGGUGUAGCGGCCGUUUUGCGUGAAAAUCCACAGCUCGUAGCACCGGCCGUACUCGCAUUUCGCAACCGUGACCCGAUCGAUUUGAAGGUGUGUCGCGCAAUGCGGUACUUUCCGCCCGAGUGUUGCGUUUACGCCAGCGUCACGUUUACGAAAUGUUUGUACGCGAUGCUGUCGCAAAGCCGCUAUCUUCCUGACCGCCGCACCGGCUGGACCGUUCCUCCGGCGACGGACGCCAACCAUAAGGCACACCUGCUCGGCCUGAAGCUGGCCUGUGGCUUCGAAAUACUGGCUUCUCAGGCAAAGACAUCCCGCACGAACUGGGACGAGGACAAGGGAUGGCGCAGCUAUCGGGAUUCGCUGACCGUGAAAGGUUACUUCCGGGAUAACAUCGAAGGAUCGCAGGAACACACAAAGCUGCUUGCGAUCGCGCGCGACUACUACGCGGAACACCGUGAGUCAAUGCGGACGACACCGAAGAUCGGCGACGGGAUCGUUUCUAUUCUCAAGCGCAACGAGUGGGACGCGGAAGAGCUACGCAAGCAGGGCGAGGAUCUACCGGCGGCGGACAGUGACGAGUGGAUGAACAUUUCGCCGGACGAGCUGGACCGAAUGCUUACUCAGCGGUACGGUGCCAAGAAGCUUUUCUCUCUCAACGGGAAUGGGGUCAAUGCGAGUGAAACGUUCACUUCGAUGGUGAGUGAGUUUCUGGAGCGCAAGAGCGAGUUUGACGGUGUUGUCGUUGAACCUCCUGAGGGCGACGAACCGAUGGAAGGCAAGAGCAAGAUGGAGCAGAACCAUGCCCCACUCGAUCUAGGUCCGUUUGGAAAGACGGGACCUACAAAGCCAAAACGAACCCGAAGCAAGACGGCGCGGGAUCGUCAGACAAAUGCAGGACCCACCAGUGCUCAGGAAUCUAUGCCACCGGAGGUCUCACCGUUCCAUCAGUCUGCAACGGUAGAUUUUGAUGCCGGUGCGUUCGGGAUGCACGUAAAGAAUAUGCUCGAUCUACUGAUACCCGAGGACCGGUGGGACUCGUCGGAGGAGUCGAAUAUGAGCGACUACAGCCAGGACGACGAGUACGAUCGCAAUCUGGAGGAGAUGUCACCGACCCGUGCCAAUCGUGCCAUCCAAAGCGAACUGCAAACGUACAUGGCGCAGAUGGAUCGCGAACUGGCAGGCACAACCAUCGGUAGAAGCUUCGAAACGGCAAUUGACCAAGGGGACGUUGUUUCGGCCUCUGCGUCGAAGCAAUGCUCAGCGGGAGCACCAUCGGCCGCGCCCGAGAGCGACGACUUUGACGACAUUGAAACGUUCCGACCGGUCAAUAUUGACGUAAACACGUUGCGGAACAUGAUGGAAAGCUACCAGUCGCAGCUCGGAGGACCGGGACCGGCAGCCAACCUGCUCGGUUCGAUGGGUGUCCAGAUCUCGAAGGCAACCGAUAAAGGCAACACUAAGCAGACAGAUGUGUAAUGGUGUGACGGGAGUUCAGGGGAAUGUUUUUGCUUUUCGCAUGCCACACGCUUUUCCCGCUCGCUUCCUGCCCCUCGGCGGCCAGACUGAUGGGGAAAACCAUGAAACAAUUCACCAGACAAAUCAACGCCAUAUCAUCCUUCCAAGAUGAGUCGUCCAUUGAAGUAAACAGCAUUUUCCUCACCUUUUCUAGCGCUAGAUUAGAAUAUAGUCGCACAAAGCGGAUCGAAUCCGUGAUUCUUUUUUAUUAUUUUUCCAGUUGCCCACCCAAUCAUGAACAGAGGGGGUCAACUGACAACCAGUUGUAGUCCUCGACUAGGGUACAGUGUAGAAUGAGCAGCAGCCGACUGUUAGACGGAUGGAAAUCGUUGGAUAACUGAAAGAGUUUACGGGAUAGCGUAGAGAGACGGGUUUGUUGAGUAGCUCAAUUUUUGGGAACAUAAUUCCCAGUAGAUUGUGCCAGAUUGCUUAGGAAAGGCGUACUUUUAAUCUCUCUUAUGUCCACUAGCUUUAUCGAUGAAUGGGAGCAAAUAUUUGUAUCGUUAAUAGCAGCAGGGUUUGAUCCGGGUACGCAGCAAGGGAAAGAACAAUUUGUUCGACUAUCGUUAAUGGUGCUUAAUUCGUAUUUCCUUCAAAACAAUGUUUCGAACAAUUCGCACAACUGCCCUGCCCUUGCUACGUGUUUGCGCUGGAAGUAUGGAGGUUUAAUUAUUAAAGCGAAGCAAAUUUACCACUAUCAGGUAAAAUGAUUUAUUUUCCCUGUUUGCGAAGACAUAAUAUUUGU